GGUCUAGGUCUCGAGACGUCGGCCGUUGCAUCUUCUGCAUCGCGACCCGCGAUCGAGAUCGCGUUUCGCGCGAGGAGUGCGACAAAAGAAAAGAGUGGGAGACAGAAGUGGUAACGGAUCGGAGGAAACCGAGCGAGAAAGAGAGAUCGAGAGAAAAUGACCCCCACUCAUGGUAACGAGAAGAUAGAGGGGCGCUCUUAUAAAGACUAUGCCUACAGCCCUGUACCAGUGAGUUCCCCUUCGGCGGUGUGCGGUACACCCCCGGUCAGAGAGUCCGUGGAGUUAAACAUCCGCGACAGGACGUCGUUACGCACCGUCGGCCAUUGCUGCCCCGAGAACAUGACGGAGAAGGGUUCCAAGUACGUCCAGUUCCUGGCCGCUGCGGCGGCCAGUAUAUCUGUCGUCGCGACUGGUGCUAUGAUGGCAUGGACGAGUCCCAUCCUUCCUAACUUGGAGAAGGACGGCGGACCUUUGGGAUCGCCGAUAGACGGUGAUCAAAGUACUUGGAUAGCAUCUCUGAUGACCCUCGGUGUUAUUCCUGGCAGCUUUGUGGCGGGAUACUUCGGAGAAAGAUGGGGUCGUAAACGAACGUUGUUAUCUUGUGUAGUACCCUUUUUAAUUGGAUGGAUACUUAUCGCCACUGCAAGUCACAUUGCUCAAUUAUAUGUUGCUCGAUUCAUAUUUGGAAUAGCCACAGGUUUCGUAUUUACUCUCCUCCCCAUGUAUUGUGGUGAAAUUGCUGAGACUUCCAUCAGGGGAGCGUUAGGCUCUUUUCUUCAGCUCUUUAUCACCAUCGGUAUGCUGUAUUCUUAUGCUAUUGGACCGUUUGUUAGCUAUACCGUCUUUUGGAUUGUCUGUGGCAUUCUGCCAAUAAUUUUCUUCGUCUGCUUCAUGAUAAUGCCGGAGUCUCCGUACUUUCUUCUCGGCCAAGGCCGCAGAGAUGAGGCAAUCGCGUCUUUGGCAAAGCUCCGGAGCACAUCCGAAGCGGUUGUCCAGAAGGAGGCCGAUGAAAUACAAGUGAUAAUCGACGAAGCUUUAAAGAAUCAAGUUAGCAUCUCAAUCCUGUUCAAAGUGAAGGCAAACUUCAAAGCGCUGAUCUACACAUGUGCCUUAGUUGCCUUCCAGCAGUUCACCGGGAUCAAUGUUGUGCUGUUCUAUAUGCAAAAUAUCUUUGACGCUGCCGGAGGUCUCGUCCCAAAGGAGCAAGCGCCAAUUAUUAUCGGAGCCGUGCAACUGUUAGCUUCAUCGAUAACACCUGUAGUUGUUGACAGGUCAGGUAGAAAAAUGCUCCUUAUUUUCUCCGGCAUCGGCGAGACAGUCAGUUUGAUUGCGCUGGGUUUGUACUUCUAUCUGAAGAACGUACAACAGGCAGACGACGUGGUAGAGCAGAUAUCCUGGUUGCCAGUGGUCGCGCUUAUCAUCUUCAUCGCCACGUACUGCGUGGGCUGGGGGCCUCUUCCAUGGGCAGUGAUGGGCGAAAUGUUCGCCUCAAACGUCAAGGCUAAGGCUUCCAGUAUAACGGUCUCCGUCUGCUGGCUUUUGGCCUUCUUCAUCACCAAAUUCUCCAACAAUCUCGACCAGGCGUUUGGCAAGCACUUACUCUUUUGGACGUUCGGGGUAUUCUGCGUCCUCAGUGUCCUAUUCACGGUGUUCUUCCUGCCUGAAACGAAAGGCAAGACUCUUCAACAAAUCCAGGACGAACUCAAUGGAGUGUCUUCGACUACGAAUAUCGAGAACGGAACGAAGAAAUGAGGAAGGAGCAUUCACUUCGAUUAUCCUGACGAACGGUGUACACUGAACCGACAAAUCGCAAUACUUCGAAGAGAUUAGAUAUUUAUAAAAAAAUACUGUAAUGUAAAGUUUUACAUCUUUAUGAAAUAUCUAGGGAUUUGAUAUCUUUUACAGCGCUGGGUAAUCAAAUAGAGUAUUAGAAAUGCGGAUAUUACAUAUGCCUAUUGUUCUACUGCCAAAUUUAUAGAGACAUAUACCGUUUGUUUUCUGUUCCUGAACUCCCUGAAUUAGUGUGCACUUAAAAUGAAAUAGAUAUAUAUUUGAAAGUUAGUGAAAGCAAGAAAAAACGUUCCAGUGCAGUCUAGUGCAGGAAUAGAAAACAAGCCUAUAAUAGAUAAUAUAAGCAAAGGAAACAUCUUUAAGCUUGGACCAUCAAUUUUUUUUCUAAUGAAGCAAAGAAAAGUGAAAAACAGAUCAACAAGCGAUGGUCCAAUGAUUUUAAUGAAUGAUAUUUAAGAAAUUCAAACAGAAUGAAAAGGGGAUAGACUCUAUUUUUGCUCACAUAUUCAAACAGAAGUAAUUUUAGUAUUUUCUACAACCAAAAAUAUUUCAUCGUCUUCCAAAUGCCUUUAACACGACACGGAACAAUUGUAUGUGUACAUAAUGGAAGUCAUAUCAUGUAUAUUUAUUGUAAAUGCGUUCGCGUUAACGAUUCCUCGAUAGGUAUCACUGUUCAUAAACUUUGUUUUUCCAGCACGGAAGAAUUUGUAACGUGCAAGUAAACGUUCCUACGUUUCCAAGCAAGUUCCUAUCUGGUCCGUGACUAAGAAACGCGAUAGAAUAAUAUGAUUUCUAUUUGUAUUUUAUCGAGACUUUCUAGUAUUAUGUAUGCUUGUGGAGAGACGUAGCGUAAAGUACAAAAAACCGUAAAAAAAAUUUUGCAGCGUAUUUCUCGUUUACGGAUGAGAGACUAGUCAUUUUAUAACGUUUGUAUGGAGAGAGAGAGAGAGUAAUUAUUAACGACGCGCCGAAGUUAUCGAUAUGUAAAAGAAAAUUUCAUAUAGACUAUCGUUGAAAUGAGAGAUCGUUGAAACUGCCAAUAAAAGAAUUGAGGAAUUUAAACGGCGUAAAAAGAAAGGUAUGAAGAAAUAUUGCUGAAAUUUUAAUAAAUAUUGACAACAACAAAGUCGUGUCAUCGAUAUAUUUAAUCAUUUGCAACGUACUACUUACAUAAUUUAAAUACGUACAAUAUAAAUCAUUAUAAUAAUUAAACGGACAAAAUAAUUUUAAGAAAUAAAAUCCAAACUCUGUAUUAUUAGUGUGUCGAUUUUUUAAGUUAUAUUAUUUUUAAGUAAUAUUGUAAUAUUGUCUUUACUUUUAAUUGAGUGAUAUACUACUUUUCAAUGUGUGAUAUACAUUUUUUCUUUGUAAUAAUUUAAUAGAGAUAUGACACAUUUUAAAUUUAAUAUCAUCUCAAUAUACUAUUAAAAAUUGUAAUAUAAAAUAUUUUAUAAAAAUAA